AUGUCUGAAAUCGAAUACCGUCAGUAUGUCGGGGAGUCUGAUUUGCCUCACAUCAUGGCUCUGGUGCAAAACGAAUUGAGUGAGCCGUACGUUAUCUACACGUACCGUUAUUUCCUGCAUCAGUGGUACGCAUUCCCUGUGAACUCCUCAGACCCUGUCGGCGUGAUAGUAUGCAAGCAGAGCGAGCACCGAAGUUCUGCCAAUAGAGGGUAUAUCGCAAUGCUCAGUGUUAACAGAUCGUGGAGGAAGCGCGGAAUAGCUACUUCCUUAGUCAGAAAGUCCAUUGAUACCAUGAAACAGCAUGGCGUUGAAGAGAUCGUGCUAGAGACAGAAUUCGACAACUCGGCUGCCCUUUCUCUCUACGAAUCUCUUGGGUUCAUACGCGAGAAGCGCCUAUACCGCUUCUAUCUGAACGGUAAGGAUGCGUUCCGGCUCGUCCUCGCGGUUAGCCCUGGCGAGGACUCCCCCAGGAGUGACAGCGGCCAUUCCAUGUUACGCCUCGCCCCUUAUCGUGCAAUCCCUAUACCUCCUCUGUCUUACGAUCCUGACGACGUAUCUUCCCGUUAA